CUUGUGUAAAAGUAGGUGGACAAAUCUUAGAGACCAGUACCGUAAGUCAUUGAAAAAAAAGGAGACAGUCAGUGGACAAGCAGCGAAAAAAAUGAAAAAAUACAAAUAUGAGGACCAACUCAGUUUCUUAAGAACUUACUUCCAAGAAAGAGAUACUAUAUCUAAUAUAAAUUAUGAAGAAAGUACUACAGAUGAUGAAGGUUUAGGAAAUGUGGAAAAUGGACAAAAUGAAUCGUUCGAAGUAAAUGUUGUUGACAAACCUGACAUAACAGAAGAUGAUACAGCAAUUGUUUUGCAAACUUCAGCAGUUAACCGUAGUACAUCAGGUAAAAUAAAGAAACGUUGCGAAGAAAAACCAGUUGAAUCUGCUUCUUCGAUACUAAUGAAAUAUUUUAUAAAAGAGAAUGAGAAAGAACUAAAAGAAAAGUCACCAAGCGCUGAUCCGGUUGAUUCAUUUUUGAAUGGUAUUGGUGUAACAAUGAAGACAUUUACACCAUUCUAUCUGAAUUUGGCAAAAUCCAAAAUAUUUUCUAUUGUUCAGGACAUCGAUAUGCAACAAAUAAUGGAAAACCAGAAGCCUGAGACAAAUAGUUACAAUAAUCAUACACCGGCUACAUCUUUAUUUCAAAUGUCUGGGAAUCCCAGUGGCUCGUCAUCUCAAAUAAAUAACAGUUUGUAUCAAAAUCUAUUAUCAACACCACUAUCAUCCUCAUAUCCAAUUCACGCAAAUUAUUCAACUGCAAUUUUAAACACAGAAGGUACUCCGAAACUACCAAUAGAUAUAAAUCAAGAAAAUCAAACUCUAUUUUAUUCAAAUAUCAACCCACAAAAAUAAAUUUAAAAAA